AUGUUGGCCAAAUACAUCCCGCAAACGAUCACGCGUCUACUUACAUCAUACGUGCACUCCUUCGUGCGCGCCGCAAGAAGAAUGUGGGAUUCUGUCGUCCGAUUCGGAUUUGGUCCGCCUGGUCGAUCCGUCGAUGAGGAAACCCCAGAUGAGGAAACUACGAACGUCAAGCCGGUCAAGUCACCACAGGAUGGCGCGCCCGACAUGCCGCUUCUCCAUGAGCAAACAAGGAGUCACGACUGCACGAUGGCCAAUGAUAGUUAUGAGUUCGCAUCAUCUCCUCCCAAGGCACCAGAUGUAUCGCAACACUCCUCAUAUUCUACCGAGAUAGAAUCACACAUUCCUAGCCACAUACCAGAAGGCAACAUGUCUUUUCGUUCAUUCCUCAAAAAAGCCAAAGACAGGAGGAAACUUAUGCGCAUCGAGCUGCCUAGCGACGUCGCAAAUCCAGACUCAGACCACGCGGGCCUUCUCGCCAAUGCACGUCGUGUUUCUUUCAACGAAGCGCCCCCGGAAGACGACCACGACUACAUCACCCUCACUACCUCAGAGGAUCAAACAGACAUGGCAGUAUUACUCACUCCCAUCCGCGGGAAACUGCAGAAGCUCCGAGAAACCACGCCCGAUAGCCUACCGCCAUACAAUCCCAGCGUACGGGCUAAGACCCACGCGCAGGUGCUGAAAGUGAGGCUGCUUCCCAUCGGCGAGUUCAUCGUACAUGAGCUUCUAGCCAAGGUGCCUGCGGAGAAGAGGGGCAUAUUGGAAUUGAAGUUGUGUCGCUACAUUGCCGAUGAAUAUUGGCCUCUCCCCGAAGGCAAAACAACACACAUCCACGUACAAGCUAUGUAUCGCAAUGUUAUGUUCAAGGAAGCUGUGCUCACGGCACGACAAACGCAUCUGCAGACGGACGCCAUACACCUGGCUCAGGAAGCACUAGUGAUUUUGCUUGAGUCGGAGAUGGACAAGCGGGAUUCGGGGGUGGAUGUGGACGGGAUGGACGUGAAUCGCGAGCAGCUGGUGGAGGAUGGUGAUGAGGGGGAGUACCUACAGCUGAAACGCUUUGAUGUGAAGCAAUCAGGCGGAUACAGCGGUGUAAUGAGUGUGGAAUCGGGUAGCAAGCGGCACGCCGACUGUGAGGAUGACAAGGGCGAGAACAAGGAGAUGAAGACUCGGCACGUAGGGCAGUUUCCCAAGGGAGGUUAG